AUGUCCAUCGCCGCGUCGUCCUUCAUGGUGGAGAGGACCGGCACGUGCGCCGUGUUGGAUGUGCGUCAUCGCACCGUUAUUGUGGCCAUCGAAGCAGAGUUGCUGGAUUCCUCGGCAUCGGCGCCGGAUGGCGAGCCCACGCCUUACGUCCUGUGGGCUCUGACUAUCCCCAUGCGAGUGGCCUGCUUUGCGGACGGCCUCUACACGGCCACCGUUCCCGUGCCUCUCGCCUUCGCAAACUGUGUGCCCGGAACGCCGCGUCGCCGCGUCGUCGUAUCUCUGCAGCGCUGGGACCUUAGCGAGGGCACUCGCUCUGCGCUUCUGCUGGCUCCGCUCGAUGCGCCUUCGGUGCUUGUUCGGGAGGUGCUGGAAGAGGCCCUCGGCGUGCGUCGCGCAGAGGCACAAUCGCCGCCGCCAUUGGAGAUUGUGCCGGUGGUGCGAUGGCGGUUGAGUGGGACGGAGAUGCUAUCGCCCGACCUACUGGGAGAGGCUGAGUGGCAGCCCCUCCUACACCGGCGAUGGUAUGAACUAAAGAGCUACGUCCGCCAGGGUACCGUGGUCCCCCACUAUUCUGCGAGGGCUGGCCGUCGCACAACCAAUGACGCUGGCAGCCACCACAGCAGCGCUGGCUCCUUGAACGGUGGCUCCCCCACGUCUACCGGCGUCAUGUUCGCUGGCGACGUGAAAGAGGCUGACGCCGUAUCGGUGAACAGGGCUUGUAUCAAGUGGACGGACGGUGUGGUGGGCCUCUGGGACGAGGUGAAGCCGUAUUACCGCGUUUACCAGCCAGCACGGCCGGAGAAGACGAUUCGGGUGCGCCGCUUUCCUCAUCGGUACGCAGACGUAGUGGGGGAGGUUCCCUUCGGGCAGCGUAUCGAGGCCUUUGGCCGCGCCACAGACCCCUUCACGGCGGAGCAGUACGUCCUCGUGUACCUCCCAGCUGAGGAGGCCUUUGCGACACACAUAUGCACGUACCUUCUCACUUACGUGGAGGAGGGGCGGUACAUCUGGGGCUGGUCGAAACUGUCAGGGACGAGUGGACUGCCGUUGUUGGUUGAGGCUGAGGACAACGACGCGGGAGCUGGCCACAUCCCUGCCGGGCCAGGUAACGGCUGCGCCAUCGCGUCACCCGCCCGUAAUACGCGCUCAAGGGUGCAGGAAGGCGAUGGAUCGGGUGUCAUGCCUCUCCCAGAGCCCACGUUCUACACUCCUCUCCGAGACGGUCGCCCAGUGAGCAUUCGGUCCAAGCCGUUCAUGUCGUCGCCGGUGUUGCGAGAGAUGGAUACGAACGAGGUGCGGGCGGCGGUGGCUCUGGUGACAGUGCCGCUGCGCCUCCCAGCGGACUCAACGGGCGCGCCUGUCAACCACGUCUUCCUGGAAUGGCAGGAUGGCGGCUACUCCCUGCUGCGGAAUGCGACGGAGUCCUUCCUGGCGCCGGUGCAGUUGUCGCGGGUACCGCGCCGCUUCCCCAUUCGUACGCGCAGCGGCGGCGAUGACGGCACGGCAGUCACGCCGGAGGUUUUGGAUCUCUCCCGGCAACGCAGCCACGCGCACAGGCACUCUUCGGGCGCUUCGGAGGACAAGGAUGAGGAGGCAAAGCUAGCUGAGAUGAUGCGGCCACACCGCACGUCGACGCGCGUGGCUGUUGACGCUUCCCUGCUGAGCCCGCAUUCCCUGCCAGCGUGUCUGCAGGAGUCCCUGAGGAGGGGAGUGGUGCGGCUGGAGGACUUGCCCGCCAUCGGGGACGAUAGCGAGGCGCAUCAGAGCGACGGCAGCGGUGCCUGUUGA